CCCAAUUUUAAUUGCAAAUGGUCCUGCGCUGUAGGGUAUUGGCGUAUUGCCAACCGAGCCACCUACCCGUGCGACCUCCCGUUACGGUUCGCACAGUCAGCCGAACGAAUCUCCGGUCGGGGAAUCUAUGAACCCGCAGGCGGAGACGACGAAGUCGUCAAGUCACUGACUCUCAAUUUUUUUUUAAAGAUAUCGAGUUCCCGCUUUCGACAAACAAUCUUAUCGUCCUUCCUUGGGCUCCGUUCUCUCGCUUUCCUCGCUCUUUCCCCUUUCAUCUCUUUCAGCGCCCGCAACUGUCAGCUUAUUCCUGGUGUGUUGUUCGUUCCGUUCGUGCCCUUGAGCUCCAAUGGAUGUCGUAAUGGCCUGUCCUUCCAAGCUUCUGUCUAAUUCCGCUUCCUAUUCGUCGUCGUCCCUCGGCCGUACGCUGGGGCUAUUAACGAAUUCUCAGGGUUCAGCCGUUGCUUUGGGCUCAUGGGAUCGCAGUUCCCGGCUGCUGCAGUUCCUAUCCCCUUCUGGGUCUCUUUCGCUCCGUCGAGUUGCGGUUCGCUGCGAAUCGAAGAAAGAAGAAACGAAGAUUAGGAGAUGUUCACCAUUUCUGGAAAGGACGCUGCUAUCAGGAUCGGGGUUGGAGUCUAAUGAAUGGAGAGUUGUCCCCGACAUUUGGAGGUCGUGUGCGGAGAAAUACGGAGAUAGUAUCGCCCUGGUAGACCCAUACCAUCAGCCACCGAGAAAUAUGACUUAUAAGGAGCUGGAGCAAGAGAUUUUAUAUUUCGCGGAAGGACUGAGGAUUGUCGGAGUAAUGCCUCGUGAGAAGCUCGCACUUUUUGCUGAUAAUUCAUGCAGGUGGCUUGUUGCGGACCAAGGGUAUUGAAGCUUAAUUAGUGUGGUGUGAACUUUCUACCCAGGCACAAUGGCCAUGGGAGCAAUUAAUGUCGUGAGGGGGUCAAGAUCGACUAGUGAGGAGCUACUGCAAAUAUACAACCACUCUGACAGUAUUGCACUUGCAGUGGAUAACCCUGAAUUAUUCAAUCGGAUUGCUGGAACAUUCCAUUCCAAGGCAACUCUCAGAUUUGUCAUUCUGCUGUGGGGCGAGAAAUCAAGCCUGAAUGUUUCAGGAAUAGAGGAGUUACCUGUUUUUAGUUACCAAGAAAUAAUUGAUUUGGGACAAGAAAGCUACCGAGCAUUUUCUGGUGCCCCUGAUUCAAGGUCUAUGCAUCUAUUUGAAACCAUUAGCUCUGAUGAUAUAGCUACGCUUAUGUAUACGAGUGGAACUACUGGAAAUCCAAAAGGUGUUAUGCUUACACAUAAAAAUCUAUUACACCAGAUAAAUAAUUUGUGGGACAUUGUACCUGCUAUACCUGGGGAUAGAUUUGUAAGCAUGCUUCCAUCGUGGCAUGCAUACGAACGAGCUUGUGAGUACUUCAUUUUUACAUGUGGUGUUGAGCAAGUAUACACAACUGUGAGAAACUUAAAGGAUGAUCUGCGGCAUUACCAACCCCAUUACAUAAUCUCUGUUCCUUUAGUAUUUGAGACGCUUUACAGUGGGAUUCAGAAACAGAUUUCUUCGAGCUCAAUGCUUCGUAAGGCUCUUGCACGGUUUCUCAUAAGGGUCAGCUUAACUUACAUGGAGAUGAAGAGAAUCUAUAAAGGUAUGUAUCUAACGUCAAAAGAGCAGCAGCAGCCGUCAUAUCUAACUGCCAUGUUUGACUGGCUAUGGGCAAGAGUGAUUGCUGCGAUAUUGCUGCCAGUCCAUAUGCUGGCUAAGGUGCUUGUCUACCGGAAGAUCCGCUCUGCGAUCGGAAUAAGCAAGGCUGGCAUUAGUGGAGGUGGAAGUUUACCUUCCUAUGUUGACAGAUUUUUUGAGGCAAUUGGGAUAAAUGUACAGAAUGGUUACGGGAUGACAGAGACAGCUCCAGUUACAGCUGCUCGACGACUUAACCUUAAUGUUCUCGGCUCAAUUGGACAUCCGAUUCGUCACACAGAGUUCAAGAUAGUAGAACCUGAGACUAAUGAAACGCUUCCACCCGGAACCAAGGGGGUUGUGAAGGUCAGGGGGCCACAAGUGAUGAAAGGUUACUACAAGAAUCCGUGGGCCACAGAGCAGGUCCUGGACAAGGAUGGUUGGCUAAAUACUGGUGAUAUAGGUUGGAUUGCCCCUCAUCAUUCGAUAGGGCGGAGCAGAAACUGUGGAGGCAUUAUUGUCCUUGAAGGGCGAGCCAAAGAUACUAUUGUUCUUUCAACAGGUGAAAAUGUAGAGCCCUUAGAGCUUGAAGAAGCAGCCAUGAAGAGCAAUCUUAUCCAGCAAAUUGUUGUUAUCGGUCAGGAUCAGCGCCGUUUAGGAGCUUUAGUUGUUCCAAACGAAGAAGAGGUGUUGUUGGCUGCUAAAAAGGCCUCCAUUGUGGAUGAUCAUGCAACUGCAAUCAGUCAGGAUCAAGUGAACAGGUUGCUGUAUGAUGAGCUGCGCUCUAGGACGGCAGCCUGUUCAUUUCAGAUAGGCCCGAUUCUCGUGGUUGACGAGCCUUUCACGAUUGACAAUGGUAUGAUGACUCCAACCAUGAAAAUCCGAAGGGACAAAGUGGCAGCUAAGUACAAACAACAGAUUGCUGAUCUCUACAAGUAAAAAUUGUGUUCUUAUUGAAUGGUUCGAUGGGUUGGACAACUCAAAUCUACUGGAAAUAUUGAAGAAAGGAACCAACCCAUUAGGGGUUGGCCAAUAAUUUAUAGAAUACUAGGAUUGUAACAAUACAUGUGCUAUAUACUGUGGAAAUGUAUGUGAUUCUGCAAGGAUAUGCAUUCUUAAUAUGUACUAUUUGGUUUAUGAUUCAGAAAUAAAAUCUCAGAUUAGUUUUGGAGAAUUCUUAAACAGGGUACUAAACUAAUAAUGGUGAGGUAUUACCAUAUUUUUAGCUGUUCUGUAACUGUCACAUAUAUCAAUCGAUGGUUAACGAUUAAAUUGUCUAUCAUGUGGUACAAAGUAAUGGAGUUGGACGAACAAUGACU